CUCUCCGUCGCCAUUUUGCCGUCAAUGAGAAAGGCGGGGCUACAUACUGCAGUCGUUACGUACAACAUAAACAGGAAGUAGCACAUUUGGGAAGAUUUUCGGACUGGAGAGUGAGAAACGGUCAUGGGUAAAAGCUGUAAAGUGGUGGUUUGUGGUCAAGCCGCAGUAGGAAAAACGGCUGUCUUAGAACAACUACUGUAUGCUAAUCAUGUUGCAGGUUCAGAGCCAAUGGAGACCCUCGAGGAUAUCUAUAUUGGCUCCAUAGAAACUGACCGUGGCACACGAGAGCAGGUGCGCUUCUAUGACACCCGUGGACUCCGGGAUGGGAUGGAGUUUCCCCGACAUUACUACACUUUUGCUGAUGGCUUCGUACUAGUCUACAGCAUUGAUAGUAAAGAGUCCUUUAAACGAAUGGAGGCCCUUAAGAAAGACAUUGAUCGCCACAGAGACAAGAAAGAGGUAACCAUUGUUGUGCUGGGUAAUAAACUGGACAAGCAGGAUGAGAGGAGAGUUGACUUGAACGUGGCCCAGAAUUGGGCGAAGAAUGAGAAGGUGCGUCUGUGGGAGGUGUCUGUAGUGGACCGACGUACACUCAUUGAACCAUUUGUCUACCUCGCCAGCAAAAUGACCCAGCCACAGAGCAAGUCCACGUUCCCUCUCAGCCGCAAUAAGAAUAAGGGCAGUGGUUCAACAGAUAGCUAAAAUAUCUGAAACAGCUUUUGGAAGGGGAGGCAUGUUAAAGGGAACCCUGUUUUAUUAAAACAUAUAUAUUUUAUUAACAUGAAGGAUCAACUUAGUAAAAGUUUGAGAAGGCAGAGAAAUUAUGUUGAGAAGGAAGGCAGGAUGAUUGUAUGGAUCUUUGUAAACAGCAAGCACUGUUAAUAUUAAUAAAACACCUACAUUUCAUAUUUGUUAAAAACAAAAUUCUUAACUAAUUAUGAUUUUUGUAAAUGCUUUUAUGUCUCUGUCAUCUAUAUCUGUAUCACAUUUCCCUUUCUCAAAUCAUUCCCAUUUUUUCCAGUUAGAAAAAUGUUCAAACUGUUUCACCUGCAUUGAUAAACAUGUAUGGACCAUAGACUGUGCGAUUUGGAGCUACAUACUCUAGCUCUUGAUCUACUGACAAUCAUCCUUUUGAUCUCAGUUUAUAUUUGAGAUUCCAGAGAUUUAAGCUAUCAUAGUCACUUAAGGCUCACUGUAAUGAUGACAAAGGACCUUACACAUAGUUUGUACACUGGCUUUUUUUUUUUUUUUUUUUUUUUUUUUUUUUUACCUGUGCACUAAAUGUACGCACAGACUGAACCAAAAAAGGCAGCAGUUUCAAAUGUUACCCAAUAACUGCAUCACACAAAUGCUGAAUUUCAUAUUGGAAAAGGAAUGAUGACUGAAGGGGUUUCAUAGAUGCAUUAUUUAUAUUGUACAUAAACUGUCCUGUCUAUUGAUCUGGAGAUUUGUUACACCUUACACGUUUGUUGCUGAGAUUUACUGUUUAAUAUUGUCACGUGAAUCACUGAGAUUCUUUAUCACAUUUAGCUUUCUGUACGGGUGUGACGAGUCUGACUACAAGAUGGUCAGAUGAUAUUUCAAUGUUUCUGCAGGCUGAAGUGCUACUUUUUCUUGUUGCAUGUAAAAGAGAACACUCAAUUUAGUUAAAUUCCAUUUCAAUAUCAACACGAUUCAAUCGUCACUGAUGAAAUCUGUGUAUUGUUGUUUUUUCUGAGGUGUAAAGUAGAACCUAUCACUGGACUGGUGUAGCAUGAAGUCAUGUAUGAGCAGCUUUUAAUGUUAGUUUCACUAAAAUGGGGAAAUGUGAAAAUUUGUCAGUGCCAGGGUCUGUCAACACUAUAUCAUGCAGCUUUUUUUUUUCUUGUGAAGAUUAACCUUUAUGUAUAAAUAUCCUGAAAAUGUGCUUUUUUUGAGAUGUUUGCAUGUUUUGUAAACAAAUUAAAGCCUUUGACUGUGCCUAA